AUGUGGUCCUCGCAAAGCCAUCACAUCUCACGCCAUGCUACCCUAUCGGCAAUCCUCGCUCUACCAUUAUCAGCCCUCGCUACACCCACAGACCUCGCCAACGCACCUCAAUCAGGCAACUCAGAGAUUACACGAAGACAGAAUUCAGCCGGCUCGUCAUGCGAAGGUUCAGAAGGCCAGUGGAACUGCAUGACGAAUACGUGGCAGCGAUGUGCCGCCGGUCAGUGGAGCGUCGUCAUGGACUGCGCGCAAGGGACAGUCUGCGCACCGAGCGGCCUAUCUUACGACUUCCACGUAGAGUUCGACAACAGCGGCUCGUCGACAUCUGGCACGACUGGCACGGCAGGAGGCGGGACUGGGAGACUCAUCAGCUGGUGGCUGGUCGCAGCGCUGGGAGGACUGAGCAUUUCUGCUGUUGCGGUUUGA